GAUUUCCCAUGAGUGGAGCAACCUGUGACAUUUGGCAGCUGUAUGGUGGUGAAAGAUGCGCUGGCUGCAUUCAGCAUUCGGGUGCUGCUAGGUGGUGGAAGGAGUUUGACUCAGUUUGCCAAGACCCCAAUCAGUUCUACAUGUUGUUUCUUGUUUUCGUUUUCCGUCCCAGCCGCUGAGUGGCUCAAAGGAAAGGCCCAUAACGACAUGGCAAGUGACAUGCUGACACCAUCAGGGACAGCUGAAGCUGGCGCUGAAGCAGCCGAGGAUCAGGUGCUCAAGGAUGGUGCUGAUGGAGCUGCUGAAGCUGAGGUCGAUGGCGAGGAGGAGCUAAUCAUUCGAAUACCUUUGGAAUUGCAGGUGCCGAGUGAUAUUUCUUUAUACAACUUGAAGCGGAUCGUCUCACAGAAGUUGACUGAGGCCCAGCUGGUGCCUCGUGAGGACCCUAUGUCUAUGGUCUUGGGCUUGAAUGGUCAGGUUUGUGCGGAUCCCUUGGCUUGCCCAUUGCGAAUGCUGGUGCCCGGCUCCGUCGUCUCUUUAGUGGCUGACGUUCCGGAAGCCCAUGAAGUCUCAAGAUUAGGCCUUUGCCUAAACGCAUUUCAAUUGAAACAGGUUCAAUCGGUUCAGCGGUCAGGAUUCUCAGGAUUGCAGGUGCCAGUUCUACCGAAACCGCUCCCCCUCAAGUUGCUGCCAGACGAUGUUAUGCGAGAGCGACGAUUGAAACUAUAUAAGACGCAGCUUUGUGCCAACUUCAACGGGCCAACGGGCUACUGCAGCUUUGGAGCAAAGUGUCAUUUCGCCCAUGGAGAGUCGGAGCUUCGUGCAUUUGGAGGGCCAACGGGGCCACCCACUGAAGCUCCACCAAAGGUUACUGAGUUUAAGGCAUCCAAGGAACCCAAGGAAGAUUGGAGCCAGUCAGAUAAUUAUGAAUGGACUUGGGAGGGCAGGGAUGGUUGGGGCGAUGGGAAGUGGAGAGAUGAUUGGACCUGGAAAGCUUGGUCCUGGGAUCGUGAUUGGUCCAGAGGCUGGUGGCGUUCUGAUUGGCAACAGUCCGUUGAGUGGAGCCCUGAACGUUCAGGCGAUGUCUCCAGAGCGGCUUCGCGGGCGUCCAGGGUAUCGGCGUCCUCGCACGACAGCGAACCACCCGCACCCGCACCGACCGGAUUGGUCCUUCGCCCCGUUGAAGAGCGGCACAUCCGAAGCAGUCCCCGGCGGAGCCGGCAGAACUCCCGGCGAAGCGCACGGCGGAACUCCAGGAGCAGGUGUGGUCGAAGCGCACGGCGCCGGAGCCGGAGCCGACGGAAGCGAUGAAGCGAAGAUCGAUCCUUUCUUGGAUGGAUGUGUUGGAUGUUCUGGAUAUGUAGACAUUGUAAAUAUUUCACAGAAAAUACCACAAGUUUCUGGUGAACCAACCACAGACUAUUUGGCAAUGGGCCCGCAGGCGGCCAUAGGCGGCUUUCGGGCGGGCUCGGCCACUUGCUUUGACUAGCGGAUAAAAGGAGC